GAAGACGGUAACUCCUCGUGCGAAUUAUUCGCGCGCAUCCGGUGCCGUUGGUUAACGAAGCGUGCGUUUGAAGUUCGCCACUAGCUAGUUUUUCCCGCUCUGUCUCUCUUUUUCUCGUUGCCAUGUUGUCGCGAUACCGCCGGGAGGAGAGGAGCGCGUAGUUUCAAGCGCGUCCUCGCCGCGUCGCGAUCUCGUUACGUGAAACGUCCGGUAACGCGAACGCCCGAGAUAAUCACGUUAAUUGCGAAGUGACGAGCGAAGGACGUUGUAAAAUCGAUUAGUCGAGCGUGCUCGAGGAAAGAAAGCGGAGGGUCUCUCGGGCGAUCAGAGCGACCGAUUGAUUCGCCGAUCGGACGCCGCCGAUGGAGAAGCACGCGGACGCUCCGGUAUUUAACUUCGCCCGAGGUGGACCGGACGAUCAGAGACUAAGGAAGAAAAGGCUAGCCAAAUCGAACGGGUCGGCUCGGGCCGGCCGGGUGCGAACAAGCGAUUCGAUGAAGCAUUAAUUAACCACCUGCUUAUCCCGGCACGGAAAGCCGUGAUAGGUUAAGUAGACUCUGGGGAGAUCGGGUGGAGUAUCUGAGGAUAUAUACGAGGGACUCGCCGAUGCCGAGCUUUUUAAGCACUUGACGAUUUGGUUUUAAAGAUACAAGAAGAUUGAAGAACUUGGCCUCGCCACAAGCCAGGCUACAAAAUGGAGGCUAACAUCGUAGCGAUAUAAGUUCCGGCGCGCGGGAACGAUUAAACGCUGAGUGCGGGCGAGUAAUAAUUCAACGUUGCUCCGCGUACUCGCCGCGAUCGGGGCGAUGUUUUCAUUCGGCGUAACCCGACUGUCCGGGAAUUCGGUUCGCAUGACGCAGAUGUAAUUCGAAACUGCGGCUUCGGGGAAGGGAAUCCAAAGAAGGGAAAAGGAGGGAAAAAAACGCGUCGGCGGACUCGCGAGCGCGCUGAUGAUACGUUGGCGUUCGUCCGAAUUGAAAAUUGCAGCCGCGUGUUUUCGCGUCGGACAACGCGCGCUGGAGAAGGUACGUCCUCGAUCUGCAUUUAUUCCGAGAGACAAGCGAGCUCUAAACUCUGAGUUGGCUCGAAGUUAACUUGAAGUUCAGUUUGGACCGAAGCGUCUCUUCCGAAAGAGGAAGGAGGAAGAGGAAAAGACAACGGAUCGCGAGGCGCAUCGAUCGAUGACGCGCGCGACGUAUCCUCGUGGAAGACAAACCGACGACGACGGGCCGUAAUAAUACGAUAGGUAAUAAUACGACGAGCGGCUAAAGAGUUAAGUCACGCUCCCGGAGAACAUCCGCCAGCGGGCGGAAGUGAUAAACCCGGAGAGCAGCAAUUUCGAGAGUCGCAAUGUCGAGCGACGCUGCACGAGCGGAGGAUAACAAUCGGCUGCGGAUUGCGGGACAAACGAGUAAUUAUAGCUUUCGCGCCAUGCUCAGCGCCGCGAAGUUUGUUUUUCUCGGUUUCGCCUCGCUCUCGGCGAUCUCGCCGGUCUCGUCGGAGUCACACCUGGUGAAAUGUUGCCCGCCGGGCCAGCUUUACUCCGGUUCCUCCCAAGUGAACUGCGUCUCGCUGUCGGAUAACGCGAUGGAGCUCAGUGUUCUUCACUUGAACGUGACCGCGCAGCCCCAAGGACAUCCGCAGUGCGACGAGCCGGAGGACUUGGUGACAACGGCACUCGAUGACUUCGUUCUCGGCGAGUACCUGGAGGUGCCGGCCUGUCUCGAGAUACUUUACGUUCAGGAAACCGGGAAGAGCCACGUGAUAGUCGUUCAUUGUCGGUCCAGCAAGGACCGGCAAGUGAAAGUGAUUAACGAGUCUUUCCCGCAGAUCACGCACGUCAGAAAGUGUUGCCCUCGUGACACAAUGUACGACAGACGCAUGAGAGCUUGCGUGACCAAGUCACAUAAACCACCGAGCCUCUUCACGUUUUUGCCGUUGAGUGAGUCCGUCGACGGGGAUCGUGUGGUGAUAAUUAUGGAGGGCCUGCCCAAAUGCGAAGGUCCGAUCGUUGAUUACGAAAUCGACGAGGAUGACGUCAUUUUGCGGAACGAUACUUACUCGGUGAUGAUUCCGGCACUUGAGCACGAUUCCGUCGUCAAUGAGGAGUAUUUCGUUACCAAGGAUAACGCAUGCUUCGAUGUGACGCCGUAUUCCGCGUCCGAUCGCAGAUUGAUAGCGCGCGUCUGCAGAGGCCGGGAAUACUGCGACAGAAACGCCUGCGUCAGAAAGUGUUGCCCCGAAGACGAACUUUAUUACGCCCCGGAAUGUAGAAGACACGUUAUGACGGGAGAACCGGCGAAAUUUCAUCAAGUCUUCGCGAGCGCCGUUAAUGCAACGAAUUCUUCCGCUUUCGACGUCAGCAAAGACUACGGGCUCUUGAUUGGGAAGCCGUGUCGAUACGGCAUGUAUCCGGUGAAUCCGAUGAAAGAGAAAUGGUCGAUGACCUCACAAGGGCACGUUCAAGUCGAAGAUUAUCGGGUCUACAACCUGGACGAAUGUUGCAUGGAUGUCCUUUAUAACAAAUCGCACUACAAUAGAGGCUUCUCUCUGUUUAUAUGUUUCAACAAACCAAGGACACAACAACAAAACGUUCCGACAAGAUACAAAGUGACCACCGUCCUGGAAGUCACCAGCUGCGUUUUCCUGCUGAUGACGCUUUUGGUAUACGUGUGCCUUCCGGGCCUCCAGAACCUCCACGGAAAAACCCUCAUGUGCCACGUAAGCAGUCUCCUCUUGGCGUACACCUGUUUGGCCAUCAUACCGUGGAUCACACCCCCGAAAGCGCCCAACGUCAAGGAGAUAAAUGUCACAACGCCAUGCAGGUUAUUAGCUUACAUCAUGCUUUUCUCCUUUUUGUCGGCGUUCUCUUGGCUCAACGUCAUGUGCUUCGACAUAUGGUGGACCUUCGGAGGCUUACGCGGGGACACGGUCACGAAGGGACGCAAACACAGACGGAGGUUCCUGUUUUACUGUUUGUACGCGUGGGGCUUCUCCUUUCUGGUGUCGAUCUUCGUCAUCGUCUCCGACUGCACGGACAUCCUGCCAGUUUACAUGCGACCCAAGAUCGGCUAUAUGGGAUGUUGGUUCACACAAAAGCAGGGGUCAUACAGCGAGGUGACUUUCUUCACCGGCCCGGUGACGAUCCAGUUGAUAUCCAAUAUGGUGUUCUUCGUUCUCACGUCAAUGCACUGCAACCAGGUGAAAGCUGAAAUCAAGAGACUCACCUCGGACCCCGCGGAUCCCAGGAACAAGCGCUUCCAUUCAGACCGCAACAGAUUCGUCAUGAAUAUUAAGCUGUUCGUCGUCAUGGGGAUAACAUGGGUGUGCGAGGUGGUGUCGUUCUUCCUGAAGAGAUACCACGUCGAAUGGCAAGACACGAUCUUCUACUUCACCGACGUCCUCAACUGCCUGCAAGGCUUGCUGAUCUUCAUUCUCUUCGUCCUGAAGAGCCGGGUCUACCUGGCGCUGCGCAGACGGCUGGGCCUGGACGUGCGGAAGAAACGGAACUGCGACACGACCAUCAUGCAGGAUCCUUACCGCGUGAGAAAGAGCGUCAGCAACAGCACUUUAAUGUCCACGUUCGUGGUGAGCACGGCGCCAUGAAGCGUCAUCGCAGAGAGAGUCACCGUUUAGUAUAAAUAAUUCCACAUCCCGCGACUACCUCGCCGUGUAUCUUUUCCCCGUACACUCCAUACUCGCCGCUCGACUUGCGGCCGAUGCGCUUACUCGUCGACCGUGUCUCUUCCUCCGCUGGCCGGAACGAUUGACUCUUGCACCGUCGUUGACAUUUUUGCGAUUUGUUGUUAAUAACGAGGAUAGAACGCAUCCUCCGCGAUCGGCACGCGCGACAGACACGUUGCGAACAAAACCGGUCGCUUUUCUACCUUUCUCGCACCGUAGCGAGGCGAUUUUAUUAUCUUCCUUCUCGCUGGUGCAAGUGUUAAUAACUGACUCUCAUCGUGAGAGUAAUUGCAUUCGAUUCGACGGCCUCUGGCGCCGUGUGAAUAGCGGUAUAAAUAGAGCUCGGCGAGGGAUACCGCGCUGAGACGUCAUUGUAUAAAGUUCCCUUUUGUAUUAGCGCAUAUUGUUGACGAUGUGCUUCGACUCACGAGGGAAUCGCUAUCUUGACGACCGAAACGUCGACGAAGCGUCUGUUGGAGGAGAGAGAGAGAGAGGCAGCAUGACGAUUCUGUUAAAAAGUAUCAAGAUCUGCUGAUCUUCUUUUUCGCCCGCGAAAGUUAAUUUUACCUGCGACAAUGUGUCCAUCGUAACGACGUCGCCAAGAAUACCAAAGAAGGCUCGUAACCUUUCGAUCCUCCCCGUGACUCUCUCUCUCUCUCUCUCUCUGUGUAUGUGUGUGUGUGUUGCGUCAUUGUACUGCGUGUGUCGCGAGGGACACCUCGUUGACGAAACUUGCAAGCGAUAUUUUUACACGCACCGCGUGACAUAUUUAAUAGGUAUGACGUCGAUGUAAAUCGAGUAUAAAGACAUGUGUGUAUGUGUGUGUGUGUGUAAAAAAUCUUGUUGUCGAAUGAUUCCUAAUGAAUCUUUGAGCUUCUGUGUGUUAGAAAAAAGAAAAAAGCACUUUGAUACGAUUAAUGUCAAAGGAGACACGCGACUCGACAGUUUUGCAUCGGAAUGUAUUUUUAUAUGAUGCGCUUUUUUUUUAACGGAUUAUUUUCAGAAUAAACUAUUUUCCAACUUUCCUCGCACAUCCGUAUGCAAGUAAAAAUGUAAUCGAAACGGGGAAAUACGCAGAGUAAAUGGAUAAUUGCAGUUGAUCCAUCUGCAAGUGUAAUAUUCUCGAACGCUUUUCGCUCUCUUCGCUCGCUUCCUAUAA